ACUGUCCGGAAAUGACGUCACGUCGCCGCCAUAUUGACGCUGCCUGCGGAUUCGGACAACACUGGUGUCACUAGUUUGUUAUUCACCUUAUUUGACUAAAUGGGCGCCUAUUACUGCGCCAUAUGUAGGCAAACGGCGUUCAACGGGAAAGGACAUAUCUUCGGGAAACACCACCAAAGCAGACUUAGGCUUGUGUUAAUGAAAUUCAUUGAAAAGGUGAAGGAAGCACGGCGCACACUUAACAAACCCGCAGUUGAAAAAUUUGACAGCGCUCAACACGAGAAAACCUUUUGGUGUUACUGCUGCGGACGGGAAGUGGAACGAAAUGUCACUGACGGCAACAUGACCGUCCGACACGGAGGAUUGUUGGAGCACAUGGCCACGCCAGAACACAGAAAGAGUACCCACAAGUUCUGGUGGGAAAACAAGGCAGACCCCAAGUUAAAAGACAAAGUCAUCCUCACGCAGGAAGAGACUCAACGGUUCAAAGCUGAAGUGGCCAAAGUGUUGGAAACAUUUGUGGAGAAGGAGGAUGAAUUCAUCAAACAGCAAGCCGAGUUGAUCCGGGCCCAGGAGAAAGGGCGUCAAGAGCUCCUCGAGUCUCGUCUAGAGCAUGAAGCGGCGCCAGAGUCAAGCAACGGACCAAACGCAGCAGAAACCGUCACAGGGGCCGGUGUCAGCUUUCGGGGGAUGACGACGUGGGGAGCCCGCCAGCACACGGCGAGAAGCCUUGUCCAUUCGACGCUCAACGCGCAGGAGCGGGGCCUGACUUUUAUUGGUCAUCAGGAUUCAUCAAACGGUGGAAAUGUACACACAGGUGCCGUGCCUCCUUGGCUCCAGAAUGAUGAUCCUCUCGAGGGGACGUCUUCAAACACGGCACCUCCCGAGAUUGGCCCGUCGGCCCAGGGCUUCCUCAGACAGAAGGAGCAAGAGAAGCUGAGGAAGCUCCCCCCAAACCGAGUCGGGGCCAACUUUGACCAUAGCUCACACACGGACGCCAACUGGUUGCCCUCCUUCGGCCGCGUGUGGAACAGCGGCAGACGUUGGCAGUCCAGGCACCAGUUCAGACAGGAGGAAGGCCAGAAGAAUAAAGCCAAGAGGAAAAUGAAGCAAGGUGGGGAAAGGUCGAAGAAAGCAAAGAUGACAGCAAAUGACUAAUAUCUGAGUUGGUGGACCGAGGUUGCGUCCUCGGUUUACCACAGAGUUCCAAUUCUUGUCGUAAUCUGAAAGCAGCGUUCAAGUCUAUUAUGGUGAACAUUUGUUUGAGAGAAACACCGCCGCGAUAAAGUAAAAUAAAAUUGAAAAACUGUAAAUAUGAAGAUAACCAAGCAAAUUUACUGUGGCUUCGUAUUCGCUGUUUUGUUAACAUAACAGCAGAUGGCGCCAUACACUGCACUUUUAAAGUUAAGAACUCGUUGAGGGCGUGAGUCAAAAUGAAAUUGAUGCUUUUCUGCUCCCUGUGCUCAAACAGGUAUAAAUCUGGGCUUUUUUUUUUUUUGUUGCUCUUUUCAUUUAGACAAAUGUAUAAUUUUACCUGAAGAAAAAAAAAAUCUAAAAUUGAAUUUUAUUGCUCGAUGUUUUAUAUACGUUUGUAAGUACAACUAUAAGUGAACCAACAAUACCUUACGAUGCAUCCAUCCCUCCAUCCAUUUAUUGUACCGCUAUGUCCCCACGGGGGUCGCGGGCGUGCUGGAGCCUAUCCCAGUGGUCAUCGCGCAGUAGGCGGUUGCCAGCCAAUCGAGACGAACAACCAUCCACACUCGCACCCACACCAAACGGCCUGUCAAUUAGUUGAAAUUGUUAAGACAUUUUGAAAAUGUACAAAGAUGAGUUAUUUGUUGUUGUUAUUUCAAGAGUUCAUACAUCCAAUAAUAUUCCAUCACAACUUGCUAGCUUGCAUUGCAUAUUCGCUGUUUCCUGUGAAUAUAAACGGUCAUUUUCCAUUCCACACUGUAAUAAAUUGUGUGUAAUGUGCGAUUCGAGGGAAAUAUGUGCCGUAAUGUUCUGCAGUGCAAAAUUAACACAUUUUUAAAGGCAAAUGUCCUAGUUAAUGGCCUUCUGGGAAAUAUCUCGUCACCACAUAUUAAUUUCAUCAUCAUUUGUACAGACCUUGAAAUGAGCACCAAUGCUCACAGGCUCUCAAGGAAAUUAUAGGGACAAUACACAUGCAAUUGGACCUCUG